CAAUCAGUUUUCCACAUUGAUUCAAUGUCAUCACAUAGUUUUUGGGGGUUGAAAUUACACCGAAACAACAUUGAUUCAACCAGUUUUUGCCCAGUGGGUUUGUGUUCAUGUUUACUGUGAACUGUGAAUAGUAUGAAUGUCUUCUGUGAACUCUCAGCAUUCCAGAGGCAUAUCAACGUCCCCUUUUUUUACAAUAGAGUUUGUGUUUUUGUAUGCUUCCCACUCAUACAUUUUCAUUGUUUUCACUCCAUAAACUGGCUGCACUCUCUCACAGUUGUCUCUUUCCAAACCCCAUAAAAUUGUUCAAACAUAAUAACUGUAACAAUCUCUAGAUGGAGCCCUCUCCCUCUAUGAACUUGACAAUGCAGCAUGGAGAUGAGGAGGAGGAGCAACAUCCCCUCCUUCCAUCAAAAGUGGUCCCUCCCCCUCCUGCUUUUGGCAUCCAGUGCGGAAGAAACUACUCAUGUCAAAAAGGGGGAGAUCACUCAGUGUGGCUCGAUGGAACCCAGUCAUCACCCACCCUCUCAUAUUACAACGGCUGCCAAUAUGUGUCACCCUCACCCCGCUCCUCGCCCCGAAGGGGAGACAAUGAGGAAAAGGUUAGGGGGAAGGAGCUCCACAAGGAAAAGAGAGGCAAGAAGCCAGCAAGGAAUGAACAGAAUGCACAAGGGCACAAGGAUCGGAUUUGGGGGAGUAAAACCAAAAAGGCAAGCCCACAGAGGCACCAGCAGGACAUGACAUCCACUCAGUCACCCUACAAAGGACUCCGCAUGUCUCAAAUGGACUUAAGGGAGACAGAAAGUGGGCCACCCAGUGAAGGAGGUCGAAGGCUAGAGGUCUCAUCAAUGAAGAUGCAGGACCGCCAGAGUCUACCUGAGAUCAUCAUUACAACCAAAGAUGACUACCAGCCACUUUCCCCCAACCAAACACCCAGUUCUGACAAGAAUCACCCGAUGUCUGAGGCCAAGGGCGCCUAUGGUGGAGGUGAGGAGACCAGUGGUGCGCAUCACAAGGAUGGUGUCCAUAACUGCCCUCACAAGAAGACCCAGAGCAUCGGUUGUAGGCUGGUCCGCCGAAGGGCGCUGUUUGAGAGGAGGCAGAGGCUAAAUGACUGUGCACUCGCUGUGGGGAUGUUUGGAGUGGUGGUCAUGAUCACCGAGAUAGAGCUCUCCUGGAGCGUCUACAGUAAGAGCUCUAUAUACUCUAUGGCUAUGAAGUCUGUUAUCAGCCUGUCCUCUCUCAUCCUGCUGGGUCUGGUCAUUGCCUACCACAUCUGUGAGGUGCAGCUCUACAUCCAUGACAACGGAUCAGAGGACUGGCAAAUUGCCAUGACAACGGAGCGGGUGAGCCUGAUUGCCCUUGAGCUGUUUGUUGCGGCGGUGCACCCGUUCCCAGUGGGUCUCCCAUUGUCAUGGCAAGCCAUGUCCCCCACGCUGUCAGAGACGGAGCUGGAGAUCGUGCUGGCUCUACCCAUGUUCCUGCGACUCUACCUCCUGGGUCGUGCCUUGAUGCUGCACAGCCGACUCUACACAGACACCGCCUCGCGCAGCAUUGGUGCCCUCAACAAGAUCCACUUCAACAGCCGUUUUGUGGUCAAAACCCUGAUGACCAUCUACCCUGGCACUGUGUUGAUGAUCUUCAGCAUCUCUCUGUGGCUAGUUGCUGCCUGGGGCCUACAUGUCUGUGAGAGACACCACAACUAUAAGGACCUGAGCAGUAACUACAUGGAGGCCCUGUGGAUGGUCUCGGUCACCUUCUUGUCCAUUGGUUACGGGGAUGUUGUUCCCCACACCUACUGUGGCCGCAGCAUCUGUCUACUCACUGGCAUCAUGGGGGCUGGUUGCACAGUGCUGGUGGUUGCUGUGGUUGCCAGGAAACUGGAGCUGACUAGGGCAGAGAAACAUGUCCACAACUUCAUGAUGGACUCCCACUUUACAAAAGGGAUAAAAAUUGCUGCAGCAAAUGUACUGAGAGAGACUUGGAUGAUCUACAAACACACCAAGCUUGCCAGGAAGAGAGACCACUGCAGAGUACGCAUGCACCAGAGGAAGCUACUACUCGCCAUCCACCAGCUGCGUGAUGUGAAGAUGGAGAGGAGGAAGUUGGCUGACCAGGCCAACACGCUUGUGGAUCUCUGCAAGAUGCAGAAUCUGAUGUAUGACAUGCUGUCCGAGGUGAGUGGAUUACGAGGGGACCUGGAAACACACAUAAACAGUCUGCAGCAGAAUGUGGAGGAGCUGAGAGAAGGCUUCAGGACCCUGAUACCCCUCCUCUCCAGCACCCUCUCCACACAGAACUCUUCCAUCCGCCACCUGCUAAGGGAGAGGGAAGAGCAGGCAGACACGGAGAAUGGGAGGGCAGGAUAGGUAAGAUAGCAAGAAAAUGGCAGGUAUGAGUUGUGCAUCAUCACGGGAAGAGGUAGAGAGUGAUGUGGAACAGUUGGGAUCAGGAUAAUUAUGAGAUUUAGGUCAGGCUAGAAUGAAAUUAGAUAAAUUUUAGGCAGGAAAUAAGGCUACAUCAGGGAUGCAAACUGGUGAGGGCCCAAAAUGGUAACACUUUUUUUUGCACUG